AUAAAAAAAGAUGAACAAUUGCAGUUUUGCGGAGCAGAAUCAAUGCUUGAAGAAAACCUAGCUCUAGAUUUAUGAAGGAGUAGCUACAAAUCGAACUGGGAGAGCUCUGCUGAAGCUCGCUCUGUUGCUCAGGGAUUUGAGUCGCUUGAGUUCGUUGUGGUAAUUGGAUUUAUCCCCUUUUCUCAUUAGGUUUAUCUUUUUCGGCUAUUUUAAGUAAUCCUUUGUGAAAUUUGUGCGCUGAGUUUGAGAGAGUGCUGAUUUUAGGGGCUUCAAUUUCGUUCAGUGGUUGUUAUUUGUGGAAUGCUGUUGUCGUUGGAAUCUGGAUUGGGGUUUUACUUCAGAUUUCAGCGUGCCAAGUGGAAAAGAUUCCUGUGAACCACCUAAAAAAAGUUGUUUUGAUGGAAAAAGAUUGCCUUUUUGGACCUCUGUGAAUAGAAACUUAGCAAAAUUUUAGCUAUUAAUAGAAAGAUGGUUCCCUCGGGGCCUCAGAAUCCGAUGGGUGGGUCCCAAUCGGUGCCUGCGUCGGUUCUCCGUUCGAAUUCCGGCUUGAUGGGGGGAGUUCACUCCAAUUCUAUGCAAUCUCAGCCUCCUUUUUCUUCCCUCGUCUCGCCGAGAACCCAAUUCAAUGGAAACAGCUUGCUUGCUAACAUCUCCAAUGUCUCUUCCCUUCUCAACCCACCGUUUCAAAAUGGCGGUCAAGUUUCGGGAAAUGGUGUGCUGAAUCUCCACCAGAGAAAUGGUCUAGGGGGUUCAGUUGAUACUUUAGGCAAUACUGAAUCUGAUCCCGUGAAUAUCCAACACCAGUUUCAUAAUAAUAAUGGAAACCAACUCGGGUCUGGUCACCAACAGAACCAACAGCAGAAUUUCCAGCAACAGUUCCAAGUUCCUCAUAGCCAGCAACAGCAACAGCAGCAGCAGCAGCAGCAACAAAGGGGAGGAAUGGGGAAUGUAGGCUCGGUUAAAUUGGAGCAGCCAACGGGUUCCGCUGAUCAAAAUGGGUCAGUUCAGCAGUUACAAGCAUUGAGGGGUAUGAGUCAGGUGAAGUUGGAGCCACAACAGUUGCAGUCUUUGAGAAGUUUAGGCCCCAUGAAAAUGGAACUCCAACAUUCAGAUGCUUCAGUGUUUCUACAGCAACAGCAGCAGCAGCAACAGAAUCAGCAACAACAGCAGUUGAUGCAAUUGUCUAGGCAACAUCUCUUGCAGCAACAGCAGCAAAGACUACUUCAGCAGCAGCAGCAGCAGCAGCUAAUACUCAAGUCUCUUCCUCAGCAAAGAGCACAGUUACCUCAGCAGCUUCAGCAGCAAAAUCUAUCUGCCAGACCGCCACAAAAACCAGCAGUCUAUGAGCCUGGAAUGUGUGCUCGUAGAUUGACACAUUAUAUGUAUCACCAGCAGCACAGACCUGAAGAUAACAAUAUUGAGUACUGGAGGAAAUUUGUUGCUGAGUACUUUGCGCCUAAUGCAAAGAAGAGAUGGUGUGUUUCUCUAUACGGAAGUGGUCGACAGACGACUGGGGUUUUCCCACAGGAUGUAUGGCAUUGUGAAAUUUGCAACCGAAAGCCUGGUCGUGGUUUUGAAACAACUGUUGAGGUUUUGCCUAGACUAUGCCAAAUCAAAUAUGUUAGUGGCACACUAGAGGAACUUCUUUAUGUUGAUAUGCCUCGAGAGUAUCAGAAUUCAUCAGGUCAGAUUGUGUUGGACUAUGCUAAAGCAAUUCAGGAGAGUGUCUUUGAGCAGUUGCGUGUUGUACGUGAUGGCCAGCUCCGGAUUGUUUUCAAUCUAGAUCUGAAGAUUGCUUCCUGGGAGUUCUGCGCUAGGCGUCAUGAAGAGCUUAUACCUAGAAGACUAAUAAUACCUCAGGUUAGUCAACUUGGAGCAGUUGUGCACAAGUAUCAGGCUGCUGUUCAGAAUGCAUCGUCUGGCUUAUCAACUCAGGAAUUGCAGAAUACAUGUAGUUCGUUUGUGGCAUCUGCUCGUCAAUUAGCUAAAGCAUUGGAGGUGCCACUAGUGAAUGAUUUGGGAUACACAAAGAGAUAUGUUCGCUGUCUGCAGAUUUCGGAGGUGGUAAAUAGUAUGAAAGAUUUGAUCGACUAUAGCAGAGAAACUGGGACAGGACCGAUGGAUAGUCUAAUCAACUUCCCUAGAAGAACAUCUUGCUCAUCUGGGCUUCAGCAUCAACAGCAUCAACAGCAUCAACAAAAUCAACAAGCACAACAUGCUGAGGAGCAGCAAUCCAUUGCUCAAAACUCAAAUAGUAAUGGCCAGGCUUCUAUUCAAACGACCAGCACACAAUUUGCUGCAGUUAGCAACAGCAUUCCAAGUGCAAAUAACUCGGUGAAUGCUCCAUCAUUAUCAACUACAUCUACAGUUACUGUUGCUGGGCUUCUCCACCAAAAUUCAAUGAAUUCUAGACAAGAAAAUCACAUGGGCACAGCAAACAGCCCGUAUAGUGGAGCAAACACGAUGCAGAUUCCAUCUGCCAGCUCAUCGAAUUCAGUCGCUACUUCGCAACCCAAUCCAUCUUCAUCCAAUAACCUGACUCCAACCUCUCAUAGCAACCCUCACUUGAAUUCUUCACAACCCCAAGAAGCAGACCCAAACAGUUCACAGAGCUCUGUGCAGAAAAUUUUGCAGGAGAUGAUGAUGUCCUCUCAGCUUAAUGGGAUGGGAACCUUGGGGAAUGAGUUGAAAGGGAUUAAUGGAAUCACACAGUCUCUUAACAGGACAAGUAGCUUUGCUAAUAAUGGUAUAAUUACGAAUAAUAUGGGGUUAAGUGGUAUGGGUUUUGGUGGAAUGGUCAAUAAUGCAAUGAGCAUGAUGAAUGGGAGGGUUGGAAUGAAUCAAAUAUCUCAGGAUCCAAGAGUAUUAAGCCAUCAGCAGUUGAACGGGCUCGGAGCAGUUAAUAACUUCAAUAAUCUUCCGUUUGAUUGGAAAACCUCCCCGUGAUUCAAAAUCAAAAUAGCCGAGACAGGAGGAAAGAGUUAACCUUAAUAUCCCACGGCAAUGGAGAGAGCUAAGAAAAGUUCUAUAAAUUUGUUCCAGAUGCCUGUCUCCAUGUACUACUAAUUCCCCAAAAUGAAAACAUAUACAGUGGUUUCUUUCAUACGCGUGCCUUGUAUCCUUUAACCUCACAUUCUCUAACUUGUCUUUAAAGGUUAAUGUUGUAUUAUGCUUUGCCAUUGUGCUUCACUUCGGUACGGUUCCGCACAUUGGAAACUUGAGUAGCAUGUACAGCUCGUUCUUUAUAGUUGUUCCA